UUCAUUUUUGUAACGGUAUUGCGUCUGUACGGGAGUGUCCAACUGUUGUCGGGCGGGCUUGCGAAUAAGGAUGAUAAGCGAGUGACAAGUGGACGAUUUGUUCAUAGUGGAUAAUGUAGGUCGGACUAAAGUAGUUUGUUUUGAUUAAUUAUUAAUAUUACUUGUGAUUUGUCGAGUGCGGGCACGGUCGUAUAUCGUAGCCUGUGAUAUUUCAUGUCGGAUUCAGAGAUUCUGUGACAGUAAACAGUUCAUUCUCAUCAUUCAGUGCUAAGCUAGUUCUGAGCGUCGCGAUGGCUGAGGCUGCAGGUGCUACUAGCACCAACCCCAACGCUGAGAUCGUCCGAGGCCAAGUGUUCGAAGUUGGGCCUCGGUACACAAACCUGCAGUAUAUAGGCGAAGGGGCCUAUGGGAUGGUUGUGUCCGCUAUUGACAACAUAAAGAAGGCGAAAGUCGCCAUAAAGAAGAUAUCGCCGUUCGAGCACCAGACAUAUUGUCAGCGGACGCUACGAGAAAUCAAAAUUCUCACACGGUUUAAGCAUGAAAAUAUAAUUGACAUUCGGGACAUAUUAAGAGCGGAUAGUAUCGAUCAAAUGAAAGAUGUUUACAUCGUACAAUGCUUAAUGGAAACGGACCUCUAUAAACUAUUAAAAACACAGAAAUUAAGUAACGACCACAUCUGUUACUUCCUGUACCAAAUUCUCCGAGGGCUCAAGUACAUUCAUUCGGCGAAUGUGUUGCACAGGGAUCUCAAACCUUCAAAUCUAUUACUCAACACAACAUGCGAUUUAAAGAUAUGUGACUUCGGGCUGGCGCGAGUUGCAGAUCCCGACCACGACCACACAGGCUUCCUGACGGAGUACGUGGCGACGCGCUGGUACCGCGCACCGGAGAUCAUGCUCAACUCUAAGGGUUACACCAAGUCAAUAGAUAUUUGGUCAGUGGGAUGCAUCUUGGCGGAGAUGCUGUCGAACCGGCCUAUAUUCCCCGGAAAGCAUUACCUUGACCAGCUCAACCAUAUCCUCGGCGUGCUCGGCUCACCCAGUCCCGAGGACCUCGAUUGCAUCAUUAACGAAAAGGCUCGCGGCUACUUGGAAUCUCUGCCGUUCAAGCCGCGCGUCCCGUGGGCAGAGCUGUUCCCGGGGGCAGAUGCACGCGCGCUGGACCUCCUGCACCGCAUGCUUACCUUCAACCCACACAAGCGCAUCACCGUCGAAGAGGCCCUCGCGCAUCCCUAUCUCGAACAGUACUACGAUCCCAAUGAUGAGCCAGUGGCAGAGGAACCGUUUAGGUUCGCAAUGGAGCUCGACGAUCUGCCAAAGGAGACUCUCAAGAGGUACAUCUUCGAGGAGACGCUGCUGUUCAAACAACAGAACGAAGGCGCGUAGACGUCACCCACCGUAAUCACCAUCCGCCUGUGCCCUGCCCUCCCCGCCGCUUCUCAAGACACGGCGACAGAGGGGUAAGGCGCAAUUUGAAUGCAAACUCGGUGUAAACUUUUUUUUUAUACAACAAAGAAGUUUAAGCGUAUAGUCACCGCAAUUUAUAAAUGCUUGCAACUAAAAGCAUCUUUCCCGUGAAAAUCUACCUAGUAAUUUCACUACAGUAGCACCUUUCAAACCGGAACACAGUAUGCAGUCGCGCUGUUCAGUGACGUAAUUAAUACAUGAUAUAGACAACUUUGUACAGUUUGUCUCUGGUAAAGCAACUUGUACUCUAAUAUUGUAAAAACUGAAAUAUCAUUGUACUCCUGAUAGAUAAUGCAGUUUAUUGACACUGAUAACUAAUCCGGAUACAUAAUAUCUUAUCACGACUUCACAGUACUUACCGAUUAAUGGGGAAUACUAUGAUUAAGUUACGUGGUUAAGGAUAAAGUAAUAUAAUAGUCAUUUGUUAAAGGAACUUGAGGAAAAUACACAGAGUUUGCAUUCAGAUAGGGCAUUAUUAUUAAGCGGAACGCAUAACGUGGUUGGGAAUCGUCAAAGUACAUGUAGCCGGUGAGCCGAGCUACCUACCAGGAGCGAACCACGGUGUUGUAUUAAAUUCAUUAAGUAUUCGACGUUUGAAUUUGUGUGAUCUUGGCGAUGUGUUUUCGUAUAAAUACCGUAUACAUUAUGUAUCACGAGAGCAACGGGUAAUUUGAUAACGGAUAACGCUAUUUAGUUAUUGAACUAGAAGCUCCGAAUAAAAGGAGUCGAUUUACUCGUUGCGAGCUGUCGCACCCCGAAGCGAUAAAGUAAGCGCGCGGAGGUUAUUAAGCGAUCGAUAGUACGUUUGCCUAUUCUUCAGCGUGCUCACAGUAGGUGCGCUGCGAUUAUAUACUAAGAAGCUGCCAAAUGACACCCGUAAUCUAUUUACAAGGUUAUUCGGUUCAUUUUAUGGAAAUAUCUCGAUGACUGAACACAAAAAUCAAACGUCUUUUUGAUUUAUUUUUAAUAAUGAUAAGUGGAAUACUGUUGUUGAUUUGUUUAUACAUAUAUCUAUGUACACUAAUGAUGUAACGUGACGGUUUGACUGGAUCAGAACGUAGUAAUGCAGUAUAAAGCCUAGAAAACUUAGAAUCAUAGAUAGGACAUUUCUGAAAUUUAUAAACGUUAAACAUACCUAGUCGUACAAUUUCUCUACCGAGGUGUUAAAUUUUGUGGUGGCGACGGGGCGGCCGCCGGCGUAUGGGUAUUUUGCAGUAUUACAACACGAUAUAGUUAGAUCUCGAAGUUGUAGUGAAUAUUAUUCUACGACGUAUAUGUUCCCAUCGAGCGUUAACAGCAACGUGUUGAUUUUCGAGUGCAUUCGACAGAUUAGUUUGAUAUUAGGUACGUAAUGUUACCCAUUUCAUGCGCAAACAAAGGUAUUAAAUUGCUGGGCUGAGAGUUCGGACUUGUGGCCGUGGUGUGCGGCACUAUGACGUCAAUAGCGGGCAAACAAACUACGGAGGGACGUCGCCGCGUACGUCGGCAAUAGUAGAUACAUAUAAGAGAAUGAGGGACGCUGUAAAUAUUUUUACAUUUCGAAUUAAUGUAUUUUGAAGUGUCACUGAAUAAUAACUUCGAGCACUUUGACUUUACUCAUUAAUUCUGAUGUGAUCCAAUUAACGAAUAAAUGUUUUUUUUUUCCUCGAUGGUGCGUCGCGAUCUUCGUUGGGAAACUCGCGUUACAAUGAUUUCUAUAUUAAUAAUUCUCGUCUUCCUUAUAUUUGCAUGUUAGCGCACAAGAAAUUGUUAGAAUAGUUGAUUCUUCAUAUCAGAUAUUUUAAUGAGAUGUUUAUCAUAAAGUUUAGUUAAUUGUGCGAUAUUGUCGAGUUUUCCAAGGGCGGUACGCGCGCGGCGGCGGCGCGGGCGCAGCGGGCGCGCCGCGUCUCUGUUGUUACUCUCUAUAUGUCUUUAAGAUAUUGUUAGGGAAUUUAAGGCCCACGUAUCCAGUGUCAUGAUCCAGUGAUCCGGUGUGGUGUGAUCCACAUCUUACGUCGGGCGAUCAUAGUCUAUUUCUAUACUAAGACUUGAAUAACGUUGUUUGUUGAAACUAUUUAGAGAGCGUAUUAGAAUAGUCAUUCUACUAUGAACAUAUACAGAACAAACGGUGUUUCCGUAUUGCUGCGGUUCGAUAUAUAUACAUUAUAGUAGAACUAAACUCGCGACAUUCAAGGUGUUGGUUAGAUUAAUGAGUACUCUUCUACUUAAGAAUAGAGUUUACAAUGUGUUCCAGUGGAGAUCCUAAACACUUGAUUCUUAAUCUAAACAGGGAGAUAUGACUUCACAUUACAUAUAUACCGUUCAAAUUAUUUUGUCUGUAAGGUGUCGUAAACUGGAUAUUUUAUAAAUUUAAAUUACGGAACAAAACAAGACAGACAAAACUCAAUUUGUAUCAUAGUUGUAUUUUUCAUGUUAACAAAACCAAUCUAGGUUGCAACCACAGACAUCAAUUGAAAUAGAUAUCGUGACUGUACUUUGCGUUUUGCAUGCUAUUUUUUGUCCAAAAGUAAGCUUUAAAAGUUUUCUUGGACUCCAGCUAAAAUUAUUCCUAAAUUUUUACAAAAAUAUAUAUUUUUGUCGUUUAAAUUAUAAACGAAAACAGCACUAAAAUGGUAUAUUCGGAAUGAUUUAGUGCAUUAGACGGCUUUUUUAAAUAAAUCGUUUUCUAGCUAUCAAUCGUUAGCUAUCAAUAAUCGUUGCAUCCCAGUAACAGUUUUUGUGUAAAGAUACUUGCGACAUCUAUUUCUAUCUGUGUCUAUGGUUAUAAUUUCUUUUUUUAUUUUCAUUAUAUGUAAGUAUAUCGUAUCUUCAGGCCCAGGAAGGUUAUUAAAUCAUCGAAUCAUUUUUAUUUAGUUAUAGUUAAUUUUGUAUUAUAACAUCAUAUUUGUGAGUAUUGUUGCAUAAAAGAACACCCUGAAUUUGUAAUCAGACAAUGAAAUUAGCCUAUUUGUACAGUUCUCAAUGUUAUUUCUACGUCAUAAGGUUUAAAAUUGCUUAACGAAAAAUGUGUAAUUUCUAUUGUAAUUUAGGAUUUAAUAAUUGAUCAAUUAUUAUUAUUGAUUAAAAGACAACUUUAUAAUUUAUUGUGACCUUAAAGUUGCGUUUAUUAUGAAAUAAUACUAUGUUUCGCUUGGGAGCGUGUGAAUAGGUGUAUUAUUAUAUUUUUUUAGACAUUGCAAAUAUAUAUGGAGUGAUGAUAAGAUAUGGGACGGUGUCUUACGGCCGUGCCUAAUAUUUUCCUUUAUAAAGGAAUCGGUGGUGUGCACUUAACCCAGCGUACCAAGUGAUGUGGGUUUAAACUCAAAAGCCUUUUACUUUCCAAUCAAUAAAACAAUAGAUUGUACCACAAGGAACCAAAAUAAUAGUUUUUACGGUGAAAUCACUAAUAUGAUUCAAUGUAUCUUGACUAAAAUAAAAAAAUUAUUUGACCUACUGAUACUCUCUACUUUGCCUCUCGUUCUAAAAAAAAAAGAAAGAAAAAAAUAUGUGCUUUGAAAUAAAAUCAAUGAAUAAAUAUAUUUAUAUAAUAAGAUAUUAGAAUGUUAUUAUAGAUCAAAGUGAUCAUUUGAACCCUCUAUGAAAGUCUGGGUGAAUAGUCCUACUUUGCUUGCACUUAUCGGAGAGCCAAUCAUCGUUUUUCGAAUAGAUGGGUUGGAAAAUAUAUUUUGAUACUCGACAGUAAGCCAAAUGAAAGAGAUGGGCAUUUGGGAACGGCCGUAAAAGUAUAUAGCAGUAACGUUUAACGUUUGGCUACUAACAUAAAUACGGUAUAAAUUGUUACAAUUUUGUGAUAAAAUUUCAGCGUUCUAACACCAUUUGUUGUCUUAAAAGUUAUGGUAUUCCGCCUCUUGGUGUUUCAUUAAAUGUUAUGGGGGGGGGGGUCUUUAAUGUAUCUUUUUUAUAAAAGUCUGCUAAUCAAUUUAAAAUAGGAAGAUGUAAUUUUAUAUUACUCGAUUUCUUCACCUACUGUACAUCCUAUCUUCAUUCCACUGGUAAUGGUAUACAAGCAAACGCAGAUCGUCUGCAGUUCCCAUGAGGCGGAUCAUGGGAAAUGGUAAUCAUUGCUUAUAAACACCCCUAUACUUAAAAAUGUCACGCUAUUCAGUAAUCAAUGGUUAAGUCCAUAUAAAGGGCUAUAAGCAUUAACGAAAUACUAGACUAAUUGGCGUUUAUAAGUAAGGGGCUUUAACAAGUAUCUUUUCUAUUCAAUAUUUGAUCAAAAAAGAUGUGUAAAGAUCGGUAAUGGAUACUUUGCUUAUACUCUGUGCCUGUGUGUCGAAAUAUGAUUUCGAUUUGAUACUAAUUGGAUUGCAUUAAAAGUCAACUUAUUAGGGGUUGAUUCUCUAUAACACAAACGAUUCUUAAUUGUAAAAGAAAAUGGUAUUACGUAAUACAAUUGCUUCUUAAUCGUACUUUUUCCGAUAAACUGCUGUUUUUUAACUAGUAGCAAAAUUCAAAAUAUAAUAGUAAUUUUAGUUCUUUAAUCUCUCUGCAGAGGCAGCACUUACGUUCGCUCACUAAUCGCUUACAGAUUAAAUUGACGGCGAAAGUCGUACAAUUUUCACCUGUCCCAAAUUGUUUGCUUGUUAUAGGUAAUCACCUCCCUGAUUAUGGUGUUAAACUCAAGUUAUACAGAUUAUAAUGUUUAAUUUUAAUAAAUCACUCUAGGAAACUCCAUAUAACCUAAUAAGAUACGUUUCUAUUAUAUUACAAUCCUGUAAAAAUAUAGCUUAUUUAUAUAUAAUAAUAUACGCUUAUGUACUUUUUAAGGUAAUUAAAGACCCUGCCAACUACUUUAAUUAAACAUGUACUUUAUUCUCAUUGGCUUACUCUAAAUGUGGAAAAACAAAUGUAACUUUCAAAUAUGACACCAGAAUAUCAUCUUGUAUUUAUUGUUAAAAUAUGAGUGUUGCCAUAUUUUCUUAAGUCAUUAUGUACAAAUUGGAUAAUGUAAGAUCAUUUGUUAUCUGUCAACAGUUGGAUAUUACGAAAAUUAAAUCAAAUCAAAGAGA